GAAGCCCAUCAACGAAAAACUACGUGACAGCGUGACACAGGGGGUAGUUAAUUACUAGUUAUUCGCAGUGCGUGCGUGUGUGUGUGUGAGCGAUCGAUUGAUCGAGAUCGACAUGGCGGUGAUCAGGGGUGUCGUGGUGGUGGUGCUCGCGCUGGUGGUGGUGGCGGCGGCGGCGGCGGACGGUGCAGGGGAGUGCGGGGCGACGCCGCCGGACAAGAUGGCGCUGAAGCUGGCGCCGUGCGCGUCGGCGGCCAAGGACCCCAAGUCGACGCCGUCGAGCGGGUGCUGCACGGCGGUGCACACCAUCGGGAAGCAGAGCCCCAAGUGCCUCUGCGCCGUCAUGCUGUCCAGCACGACCAGGAACGCCGGGAUCAAGCCCGAGGUCGCCAUCACCAUCCCCAAGCGCUGCAACAUCGCCGACCGCCCCGUCGGCUACAAGUGCGGAGAUUACACUCUGCCAUGAGCAACAAAGAGUACUGCAUGCAGUGCCGGUGCCGUGUCUGUCAUCCGCUUAAUUUAUCGAGUUUAUGUCGUGUUACUUACUAAAGCUGUAUGCUGUUGUGCGUUCGUGCAGUUUAGUGUCAGUGUCAAACACCAAAUAAAAGGGUUCCAUCUUCCGUGGGACUUCGUGAUUUCAGUCCGUAGAGUUGUUUCUCCAAGUCCAGGAUAGUGUGUACUUGAUCAUAUUAUCUCGGAGGGAUGCAGAGACGCUCCCCUGAAUUCUCUGAAUAAUAGUACAACUUGGUUUGUUCAUCGAUUCACACUUUUAGUUCAAAAAACUUGCUAUACAUUUUUACA